AAGUGUACAAGCGGCGUUUGAAGGUACGUAGUAGACAGGUCUUAUAUUACACAUUAUUUUUCCACCCAUCAGUUGUAUCAUGUUGGUUUUAGUAAUCUCUUUUGCUUGUCUUUCGGUUACUCGCUUGUCUACUCAGCACCGACCCAACUUUUUUUUUCUCCUUUCUUUCUUGGCUUACAUUUUCUUUGCCUAUCUCACGAUCCAAGCUAUCAUCUGAUUGGUGGCCUUCGGACUUUAUUCAGCUUCGGCGAAUACUGUGCCGCUGAAUAUUUAUCGCCGGCGAAACUUGCCAUGGCAGCUCUUACUUCGUAUUCAUAAAAUUUCACCCUUUUCUUUUUAAAUCUAUCUCGUUUUCAUUCCCCAAAAAGCACCAUAUAAUUAUGGUGCUUGGGAAUGGCAUCAAUAAUCCUAUGUGGAACCGUCGGAUACAGUUACAGGAGGAGCAAGACAGGAUGUCUCGCGGCCCUGCAAACGCGGGCCUCUCUCUUCUCAAGUCCCUAGAACCAAGGGCGGGAAAUCAUUUGUUAACGCCCGCUUUCCAACCGCAUGUUUCUCCGUUCCGCAAUCAAUAUCCCAACGAUAGAGGUGGGAAUGUGGGUUACCAGUCCAAGGUCAGGGUAGUCGACAAGUACAAGGUCAUCGGCUUCAUCAGUAGCGGAACCUAUGGCCGGGUGUACAAGGCCAUCAGCCGGCAUAAUCAGCCUGGCGAAUUCGCUAUCAAGAAGUUCAAGCCCGACAAGGAGGGCGAACAGAUCCAAUACUCAGGUAUCUCUCAAUCGGCGGUACGUGAGAUGGCAUUAUGUUCCGAACUGAAGCACGACAAUGUUAUCCGUCUCAUCGAAAUUAUCCUUGAGGAUAAGUGUAUUUUCAUGGUGUUUGAAUACGCCGAGCACGAUUUACUCCAGAUCAUUCACCACCAUACCCAACAGCCUCGCCACAGCAUACCACCUUCUACCGUCAAAAGCAUCAUGUUUCAACUACUUAACGGGUGUCAAUAUCUUCACAGCAAUUGGGUGUUACACCGCGAUCUUAAGCCUGCCAAUAUCAUGGUAACUUCUACCGGACAGGUCAAGAUUGGUGACUUGGGAUUGGCGCGGCUCUUCCACAAGCCGUUGCAUUCUCUCUGGAGUGGUGAUAAGGUCGUCGUGACAAUAUGGUAUCGCGCACCUGAAUUACUCCUAGGUAGCCGGCACUACACGCCCGCAAUCGACAUGUGGGCCAUCGGAUGCAUCUUCGCCGAACUUCUCUCGUUACGGCCCAUAUUCAAGGGGGAAGAAGCCAAGAUGGACAAAAAGACCGUCCCAUUCCAGCGCAACCAGAUGCAGAAAAUUGUCGAUAUAAUGGGCAUGCCUACUAAAGAGCGGUGGCCUUAUUUAGUCAGCAUGCCGGAGUACAAUAAUCUUAACAUGUUACAACCCCCAAUGCUUCACCCAGGUCAUCACGGCCACCAUGGACAUCAUCACCACCACAGUAAAUCCGCUGCGGCGACAAGCCAUCUCGAGAAAUGGUAUUAUAGCACCAUUGGCGCGCACUCAUCUACCUCGUCACCAAGCUCGAACGGUAGCCUCGCGGCCUUAGGAGCAGAAGGAUACAAGCUCCUCGCCGGCCUCCUAGAAUACGACCCCGAGCGUCGACUCACAGCCGCCCAAGCUCUUCAACAUCCGUUUUUCCAAGCAACUAGUGGCGGAGGCGGGAUUGCGGUAACGGCCGGUUGUUUCGAUGGUAUUAAGGCGACCUAUCCGCAGCGCCGAGUUAGUCAGGACGAUAACGAUAUUAGGACGGCGAGUCUACCUGGCACGAAACGCUCUGGUCUGCCGGAUGAUAGUAUGGUUAGGCCUGUUAAGAGGGUUAAGGACGGGUAGGUCUUAUUUUAGUCUGGCGAGGUAGGUAAGAGCAGAAUGGGAGAACGGUUCUUAGUUUGGUUUAUUAUUUAGAAUUACGGGAGUAUGGUUUCUAGGAAAGGGAUUCAUAAUGGAGCAAUGGCGCUAUAAGGCGGAGUUGAUGGGUUUAGUAUGGCAACUCUGGAAUGACCUCAAUAGGCGUCGCAUCGCAUUGCGUCUGUUGACCUGCCAUAUUUAAGGCGUUCUGGUAAUAAUCACAACAUAGCAUUUAGGAAUGGAUAUUCUACAUGAUACUAAACCUUGCGAUGACUUCAAUCUCUAUUCUCGAGCUAUAACACGGAGUUCACAACGUCAUCAAAUCAAAGCCCAAUAUUAGUUAUAAUCUAUUUCAUUACUCAAUACGAAGC